CCCUAAUCACCUCAUCACCCCACCAUCCACCCAUUCACCCUACUUGUUAAAAGGGAUUGCGAGACUGGUCCGUCACGUCUCUCAUUCAGAGUUGAGCCCAUCGUCACUCGCUCGCCUCAUCAUCCCUGGCUUGGUCCUCGAGACACACCCCUUCCCUUCCCACCUUCUUCUCGUCUCCUCCACAACGUUCAUAACGUCGUCAUGUCAACAGCCAAUCCACAAUCUACUCCUUACCUCCUUUUGUUCGCUCGUGGAGUCAUAGCUCUACUCGAUCUCUGGCCAGCUCUCACCAUUGCCGUUCGUGAAGAAUGGGGCGGUCCUCAAUCCGCAGACAAGAAAACGUGGCUCGCAUCUACCAUCAUAGAUCUCUUCGAAGCCCUGCCGUCUCCUUCUAUCAUCAAACUAACCCCUACCAAUGGAUCUACUUCAUCUGUUAUUCCUUCCAUCCCCAAUGUCGACUUUGACGAUCUUGCCGAUCUCAUCAGCCAAGUCAUGUCCGACGAAUUCGAAGCUAAUAUCGAAGACAAUUCUGUUGACAUAGUUGCCAACGAUAUCAUUCGCUUAUGGAAAGAUAUCAACACUUCGCCCGCUCCUCAUAUCCUUGUUGCCGCACUGGAGAAACGGGCCGGGGAGUUGCAGAAAAUUGGAAUUACUGUGCAAAAAGGUGCGGAUGUCGUGGACGUGGAUGGGUCUUCCAAUGGGUCAGAUGAAGGGGAGGAUGAGGCGAUGGAGCUGGAUGAUGAUGAAGAAGCACCGCAACUCGUAUUUUCUGAUCCUGCCGGUCAGGAGCGACCAGAACCUCAGGUGGACGAGGACGGUUUUACGCUCGUACAGAAAGCUCGUCGACGAUGA